UUCCCACCUCGUCUUAUCUCCACACAUUUCUCCCUCCUGUUUAUAUAUCUCGGCUCAAUCUCCCACCGCUCCCUCCACGGUCGACCUGAGCGACGGCCACCACCACGGCACCACAGCUCCCCUCCCUCUCCUCCUCUCCCCGCUCAUCCCCCGGCCAUUACCGCAGCCUCUCCAAGAAGCCGGCCGGGAUGGCUGCACUCAAGGCGUCGUUCCCGGGGGAGCUCAGCGCCGUCUCCUUCCUCGACUCCAGCAGGGGUACUUUCGGCCAGCACAAAGGCCUGAUGCCCUCGCCUUUGGUAUCCCGUGUUUUUCGGCCAUUUUGAUGCUUUCUUGAUCCAUUCCGAUUGACUCAAACAGUUACUUUUGGGUUCCAAGAGGAUUGCAAUGGUAGAGAGAGAAAUUUUUAGUGUCGUGGAUUUUACAUAUCAAAGGAAGGGCAAAAGAGCAAAUUCUCUGAGAAGGACAUGCUGUUCUAUGCAACAGGCUCCACCACCAGCAUGGCCUGGGCGAGCUGUAGCUGAACCUGGCCGGAGGUUGUGGGAUGGCCCGAAGCCUAUCUCGAUUGUUGGAUCAACUGGUUCCAUAGGAACACAGACAUUGGACAUUGUUGCGGAGAAUCCUGAUAAGUUCCAAGUUGUUGCUCUUGCUGCUGGCUCCAAUGUGACUCUUCUAGCUGAUCAGGUCAAAACAUUCAAACCAAAACUAGUUGCUGUAAGAAACGAAUCAUUAGUUGAUGAGCUGAAAGAAGCCUUAGCUGAUUGUGAAGAGAAGCCAGAAAUUAUUCCUGGGGAGCAAGGCAUCAUAGAGGUCGCUCGACACCCAGAUGCAGCUACAGUUGUCACAGGGAUAGUUGGGUGUGCAGGGCUGAAGCCUACAGUUGCUGCAAUUGAAGCUGGUAAAGACAUUGCGUUGGCGAACAAAGAGACGCUUAUUGCAGGUGGCCCUUUCGUUCUUCCCCUUGCACACAAACACAAAGUGAAAAUUCUUCCUGCUGAUUCUGAGCACUCUGCAAUAUUUCAGUGUAUACAAGGUUUGCCUGAAGGAGCACUUCGUCGCAUUAUUCUAACUGCAUCAGGUGGUGCUUUCAGAGACUGGCCAGUUGACAAAUUGAAAGAUGUAAAAGUCGCUGACGCAUUAAAGCAUCCAAACUGGAAUAUGGGGAAGAAGAUCACAGUAGAUUCUGCAACUUUAUUCAACAAGGGCUUAGAAGUUAUCGAAGCACAUUAUUUAUUUGGCUCUGAAUACGAUGACAUUGAGAUUGUGAUUCACCCACAGUCUAUCAUACACUCUAUGGUUGAAACCCAGGACUCGUCUGUCCUAGCUCAGCUGGGAUGGCCAGAUAUGAGAAUACCAAUCUUGUACACCUUAUCUUGGCCAGAUAGAAUUUAUUGCUCUGAGGUCACCUGGCCCCGUCUGGAUCUUUGCAAGUUGGGUUCACUGACGUUCAAAGCUCCUGACAAUGUAAAAUACCCUUCAAUGGACCUCGCCUAUGCAGCUGGGCGGGCUGGGGGCACCAUGACAGGUGUCCUGAGUGCUGCUAACGAGAAGGCUGUGGAGUUGUUCAUUGAUGAAAAGAUUAGCUACCUGGACAUCUUCAAGGUGGUGGAGCUUACAUGUGACGCCCAUAGGAACGAGCUGGUAACAAGGCCAUCGCUUGAGGAGAUCAUCCAUUAUGAUCUGUGGGCGAGGAGAUAUGCAGCGAGCCUACAGACAUCAUCUGGCCGGAGCCCUGUCCUUGCAUAAGUAUAUGAAGUGUGCGCGGGUAGGCGACGUGUCCACUGGUCAUUCUGGAGCUAGAUGAAGCAUUAGUGGCCAUCUAGCUCCCCUCCGGAACGUAAAUCAUGCCUUCGCAUGAAUAAAUUGCAUGUGUUCCUUAUAAAUUUUGAUGCCUGAAGUGUGGAAAGUCUGGGCGGAAUCAGAUGCGUCCCUUCAGGUGCAGUAUGACGUGCACAGAGUAGCCCCGACGCUCGACCUCAACUCUACACCUUUCCAUCUUUACUCCCUCCAUUUUCUUUUUUGGCAAAAUAGAUGUUUUAGUCCAUCAACUUUGAUUCGAUGGUCAAAUUCAUCCCUCAACUUUCCCUCAACUUUCAUUUUUUGGUCAAACACAUCCUUAUGCUAAUACUAUAUACUCCAUAAUAACAUAAGAUUUGUGCAAAAA